AUGACAGAACCGCUAUUCGAGCUGCUUGCUCCGUAUCUGGACAGAAAUACUAAUAACAAUGCCUCUCCGACGACCACCACAUCCCGCCCACGACGACCGUCAUCAUCUUCAUCGAUCGAUGCGACGACCUCGAAAUACAUCAACCGUCUAACCACGCUGUCCCUUGAAUCCUUGAAGACCACAGAGCCCCAAUCCAUUGCUCAGUCCUCUCAUUCGAUACUCCUCUCACUCCAGGCCCUCUCCAACCGCUCACAUAAAGCCUUCAUCUCGUCAUCCGAUCAUCUCUCGACCCUCCGAACCUCGAUCCCCUCGCUAGCGCGCGAGGUCAAACAGCUACAAGAUGCGAUCCCGAAGCUCGAUGAUGAGGCCGUGCGAUUUUCAUCCACAUACAGCAAGACUGGAGAAAAUCCGAUUCUGGAUCGGCGAAAGAAGGCCAUGCAACUGUCAAGAAAUGUAGACCGGAUAUCCGACAUCCUCGAGCUACCUGCCUUACUUUCGACAGCCGUGUCCUCGUCGUCUGCGACUACAGGCGCGACCGCGGGCAGCCUCUACACGACCAAUUACUCGUCCGCCCUGGAUCUCUACUCGCACAUCAAACGACUUCAGACCCUCUAUCCUGAUUCCCCCCUCAUUAAGGACAUUGUGACACAGGCGGAGGAUGCGAUGAAGGAUAUGACGAGUAAUCUCAUCGCUGGGCUUCGCACGCAGAAUAUCCGACUGGCGGCGGCUAUGAGGACAGUGGGUUGGUUGCGGCGUGUUGCGCCUGAAUUGGAAAACCCGCGAAGGGACGGCGGACCAUCGACAUCGGGUGAAGGCUCCUUUGGCGCGUUGUUCCUCAUAUGUCGACUGGCGAACCUGGUAUCCACGCUUGAAGCGUUGGACCCCCUCCGGGAGCUUGCCGAUCAGGAGACGCAACGACGGCUUGAGGCUACGAAAACUCAGCAGUCGUCAUCGGCCAAUGCUAGCGCAUGGUCCGGUGGGCAUCAGACGGAACGAUUCUUAAAGCGAUACAUUGAAAUCUACCGAGAACAGAGCUUCGCUAUUGUCUCACUCUACAAGAAUAUUUUCGCACAGGACCAGUCUGACAGCGACUUGGCAUCCGCGAGCAUACCGGGUCUCGAUCUGCGGUCCGUGAGUUUGAAAACGAAGGCACCGGCGAAGAGCAACAAGAAGGAUCCGUUGCAGGCCCUGCCACCAGCAGUGGCCACUUUUCCCAUGCAUCUGGUGCGGUUGCUGACAGAGACGCUUCGGGCGUACCUGCCCAAUGUGCAGGACAAGAGCUCCCGGGAGAGUCUUCUGACCCAGGUUCUCUACUGCGCGGCCAGUUUGGGACGGCUGGGCGGGGACUUCAGCAUGAUCCUCACCGAACUGGGGACUCCUGAUGAGGACGCAGAGAACAUGGACGGAGGGCCAGAUAUUGUUUCUGAGUGGGAACAGGUGAUGAAAAAGCACCGGGAGUUGGCAGGGAAGCUGGAGCAGCUCACCAGUGGCCACACAUCCGCUGCUGCUGCUGGGAAGAGCGCGUCCCGGGUAACUUCACCUGUGCACUAG